UGUGUCCCCAAUCGUUCUCGAGAAGGAAGAUAACUUUAACAUUUUUAUUGUAAACUCGCUCAAAAUGGCAUGAUAUCAUGCAACCCACCAAAGGAAAUGUAACUUAGAUAUUGGCAUGGAGAAUCCUAUACACCGGGAGUGGAUUCUAGAUACAAUAGACCAACUUCGAGGCAGAAAAGCCCGGCCGGAUCUUGAGCGCAUUUGCCACAUGCUAGAACGAAAAUACGGUUUGUCAUCGUCGGUAACAGAGAGUUGUUUGGAACGCCUUGUUGACAGUGAAAUUGUUAUGAAAGUGGACUAUAAGGGUAAUACAAGCUACCGGCAUGCAGCCAAAUGGAGAAAAAGUCACCUAAAGGGUGUUGUCAUGAAUUCUACAUCAGCCAGUCGUAAUUUAGUUGAGGCGGUGUUGGAUUGCGAGUCGAGCAAUACAGACGAACUCAGUCGCGGUGCUAGCAUUCGCGACAUAGAACUAUGGUUUCAAACUCAUGAAACCGAGAGACUCAAAUGUCCAAUAAAUGUUGCUUUGCAAAGAGAAAUUGACGCAGGGAGAAUUGAAAAAUUAAAUAAUGGGAAUUAUUCUGUGCGUAUCGGUAAAACUAGAACCCCCAAGAACACAACUAAAUCUGAUAAAUUAGUUCCUAGUCGUAGAGGUCGCCCUCCCAAAAAUAAAAAGAAGUUAAAGCGAAAUUAUAGCUAUGAAGAUGACAUGGAAUAUGAGCCUCCCUGUUCCUCGAAGAAACAGUAUGGUGAGGAAAAGUGUGAUUUUUGUAGCCAAACUGCAGAGUUCAACAAACUUGGUGUUCCUGAAUUUUUACUUAUUUGUAAGGACUGCAAUGCUAAAGCUCAUCCAUCAUGUAUGGAAUAUACAGAAGAAUUAUCUCGGAGAGCUUAUCAAUCACAAUGGCAGUGUAUAGACUGUAAAACAUGUUGUAUGUGUGAUGAUUCUGGAGAUCCAGAUCUGAUGUUGUUUUGUGAUGGAUGUGAUAAAGGAUAUCACAUGAACUGUCAUCAGCCACCUGUACCACAUAAACCUCAAGGAAAAUGGAUUUGUGCUGAAUGUGAAAUUGAAGGAGUAUCUGUGGAAAUAUUAGAAUUGCAGGAGAGAAUUCUUGCCAAUAAAAAUAAUGUUGGUGAAACAUCUUUACCACUGACACCAUGUGAGUCACCACAAUUUGAUCAUCAACCAACAUACAGGGCGGUACCUCACAUUCAGAAGCCCAAAAUAUUGUCUAAAGAUCCUAAACUUGAUGGUGUGUAUUAUCCAGAUGCAUCUGAUUGGUCUAUAGAAGAUGUUGUUAGCUUUAUUGCUUCUGUAGGAUUCUUGGAACAGUCACAGGCAUUUCGUGAACAGGAAAUUGAUGGCAAAUCUCUGUUAUUGAUGAAGAGGAGUGAUGUUUUAACUGGAUUAUCUAUCAGACUGGGGCCAGCUCUAAAAAUAUACAAACAUGUACAGAAACUUCAAACAGCCAGCCAAGAUAUCAGAUAGUGUUUUAUUUCUUGUAAUGGAGAUCAUGUCUUGACAAAGUGAACUUUACAAAGAUGUAAUGAGAAAUUUCACAGUUUUUACGCAAUGAGCAAAUUGUGUCGAAGUGCUGCUUUCCUUUGCUAAUUCUUUUGUUCUACUUGAAAGUCUUGUGGCGAUAAACUGAAUAUACCCUGUUAUUUAUGCAUUGAAUAUUUUCUGAGGCAAAGCAUUGUAAACAUUUUUACCCUAUCCAUGGUGCUAUACCACAUACCGGGCCUAAUUGCCUUUCGCAUUCUUCUUGUGAACAGUUUGUUUAUCACUAGAAUCAACCAUUCAUGACUGGAAACGGCCGUUGACUUGUUUUUCCAGAAAAGCUUUUUCAAAUAUGAAAUAAUUCCUUGAUGUCAGUAAAUUCAUUCUAUUACUUGAAUAGAAAAUAUUAAUAGAAACAUAUUCUGGUUAUCAGAUACUGAAACUAAACCGUGGGCUUAAUUAUCAAGUACACAACCCUGAUAAAUUUUAUUGACAUAAAUAACACUUGAUAAUUGUAAACUGACAAAUUGUUAUCAGGACAUUGCAACCAUCAAAUCAGGGUCUAUUUGAAAGGUUUGUCUGUCUGUCUCUCAAACUUUUUGGUACACAAUAACUCUGCUUCUAAUUGAGCUAGAAUGUUCAAACUAGAUGUAGAGGACUGUGUUAAGCAUUUUCAGCUGUGGCUGAGCAGAGUUAAGCAAUUUCAUUGGUUGAGACUUUGGGGCACAAUAAAACAGCUUUUAAUUCAAGUGAGUUUGAUGCUUAGGCUAAGCAGAAAUAAACUAUUUAGUCUAAGACUUUAGAACACACUAACACUGCCUUUGGAUGGGACAAAAAAAAAACCCGGAGGCUC